CCCCAACGGAAACGCGUUAAGCUGCCAUCUACAUCUCAAAUUUAUUACAUUCGUCUUAUCUCUUUGCGAUUAUCGCUAUAACUCAACGGCCAGAAGACAUUGUUUCUUAAACUUGCACCUUCAGUACUUCGGCAAUACUCAGAUUGUAAUGAAGAACUAAGAACGAACAACACUAAACAAUUGCGGUUUCGAGUUCUAACAAAAAAGCUAACACAUAGCUGUAAAUAUUGAAUUAAAUACAGUUAUAUGCUAAAUUAGAAAGUAAUACCAAUAGCCGUCGAAAAUAAGAAAGGUAUUUAGUGCGCAGGUGCGUGGGGGUGUGUGUUAUGGCCCAUCCGGAGAUGCGCUAUAAUGCGCAGAGCAAGGAGCUCAUCUUAGCCCAUUGCCAUUACGUUUCACUGUCGGCGAAGAUUAUAGAGUUAUUUGGUGAACGCACCGAAUAUCUGGAUUGCAGUCACAAUCGACUGAUGAACAUCUCGCACUUGUAUCAAUUUAAGAAUUUGAAGUAUAUCAUUCUAGACAACAAUCGACUGCACGAAACGCACUUCGAACAGCUGCAAUGGUCGCUGCCGAAGGUGAAGGUGCUGAUGUUGAACCGCAACGAGCUGAUGGACCUUCAGAAGACUAUUCAACUUUUGGCGAGCAUUUUUCCAAAUCUAGAGUACCUCAGUUUGCACGGAAACCCUAUUUGUCCCGAUGAAUUAGAGCUGCAGCCAUUUUGUGAAUACGUGAAUUAUGAAUAUGAGUACUACAGGUCGCAGAUUACAAGCGCUUUUGGGAAAUUGAAAUUUCUAGAUCAUCAUGAUCUAAAGAGAAAAUCGAUGUCACGUUCACGAAACAUAUUACAUCAUCAAAAAACAUCUAAACGAAAGUUUUGGCCUAAUGAUUUUCCAGGACAGAGCAACCAAUCUAUAACCGAAGGCUUCAAAUUCGGUAAAUUACUUCCUCGGAGAAUUCGAAGUAUAUUACAAAUUGGAGAAUCAGAGGUCAUCUACAGCAUUACAAAUAAAACAUUGUAAAAAUCGAUCAAAAUAUAAAAUAAAAACAAAAUACAAUUGUACUAAA